GCCUCUCCUCUCCCCUCUUUAAAAUCCACACUCUGUUUUUCCCUCUUUCCAUCUCUGCACUGAAAGCUCCCCAUUUCUUUUUCUUCUUCCCAAUCUCAUCCAUGGCGCCGCCGUUCUCCAAUUACCAUCACCUAAUCACAGCCUCCAAAAUCAAACGUCCACACCUAAUCAAAGCCCUCGCCGCCGUAAUCCUCUGCUCCGUCUUCUACCUCAUCGGAUUCUACCAAAACGCCCGCGGCUCAAUUCCCCUCCCCUCCCCUGUUCUAGCCCAGACCCAAAAAAGCGCCGUCGCUUGCGUCAUCCCCGUCGCCGCCAACAUCACCCUCGACUUCGAGCCCCACCACCGUCCCGCCGACCCCCCGCCGUCGGCCGCCGCCGUGCCGGAGCUCCCACCCUGCGACCCUUCCUACUCCGAGUACACCCCCUGCGAGGACGCCCGCCGCUCCCUCGCGUUCGAGCGGGCGCGGCUGAUCUACCGGGAGCGCCACUGCCCGGCGAGCGGCGAGGAGCGGCUCCGGUGUCGGGUCCCGGCCCCGCACGGGUACCGGGUGCCGUUCCGGUGGCCGGAGAGCAGGGAAUUGGCGUGGUACGCGAAUGUGCCGCACAAGGAGCUGACGGUGGAGAAGGGGAGGCAGAAUUGGGUCCAUUACGAAGGCGAUCGGUUCAGGUUCCCCGGCGGCGGGACGAUGUUCCCCCGGGGAGCUGACGCUUACAUUGAUGAAAUUGGGAAAUUGAUCAAUCUCAAAGAUGGGUCAAUCAGGACCGCCAUUGACACCGGCUGCGGGGUUGCAAGCUUUGGUGCAUACCUGCUGUCCAGGAACGUUCUGACAGUGUCAUUUGCACCAAGGGACAGCCACGAAGCUCAGGUCCAAUUCGCACUCGAACGUGGAGUCCCAGCCCUGAUCGGGAUCAUUGCCUCGAUCAGACUGCCAUACCCAUCGAGGGCAUUCGACAUUGCUCACUGCUCGCGCUGCCUCAUCCCUUGGGGCGAAUACGACGGGCAGUACCUGCUGGAAGUGGACAGGUUGCUUAGGCCAGGAGGGUACUGGAUACUCUCAGGCCCUCCAAUCAACUGGGAAGGACACUACAGGGGAUGGAACAGAACAAUGCAGGAUCUCAAGGCAGAGCAGGAUCGCGUCGAGGGUGUUGCCAGGAGCAUCUGCUGGAAGAAACUGGUGCAGAAGAACGACAUUGCGAUCUGGCAGAAACCCACCAAUCAUGUCCACUGCAGGGCCACCAGGCGGGUGUUUCGCCAGCCCGGGUUCUGCACUUCUCAGAACCCUGAUCAAGCCUGGUACACAAAAUUGGAGACUUGCAUAACACCACUCCCUGAAGUAUCUGACAUCAAGGAAACAGCAGGUGGGUCACUGCCCAAAUGGCCCGAAAGGCUAGCUGCGAUCCCUCCGAGAAUCCGAAAUGGGAGCCUUGAAGGAAUCACAGCAGAGAAGUUUAACGAGAACACCGAGCUGUGGCAGAAACGAGUAGGAUACUACAAGAGGGUCGACCAGCAGCUUGCCCAGACCGGUCGCUACAGGAACUUGCUCGACAUGAAUGCAUACCUAGGUGGGUUCGCAGCUGCGCUGGUUCGUGACCCGGUCUGGGUCAUGAACGUCGUCCCUGUUGAAUCUCGAGUCGAUACCUUAGGAGUGAUCUACGAGCGUGGCUUGAUUGGCACCUAUCAGAAUUGGUAAUGCUCUCCAACUAACCAUUUGACUAAGAUUUUCUAUUAUAGGAUAUGAUUGCUGCUACCUUCCAACUGGAGUUGCUUACCUAACAAGAAAGGGAGAAGCUAAACUACUUAAAUUGCUUACCUAACAAGAAAGUGACCCUAUUACCCUAAUGCAUAUGCCCAAGCCAUAUUGUCAGUGUCACUCUGACUCUGAACUCUCUCUAUCACAGGUGUGAAGCCAUGUCAACAUAUCCAAGGACUUAUGACUUCAUUCAUGCUGAUUCAAUCUUCAGCCUCUACAAGAGCAAAUGUGAAAUGGAAGACAUUCUGAUUGAGAUGGAUAGAAUACUGAGGCCACAAGGGAGUGUAAUUAUAAGAGACGAUGUGGAUGUGUUGGUGAAGGUGAAAAGCAUUAUACAAGGAAUGCAAUGGGAUGGAAGGAUUGCAGACCAUGAAGACGGUCCAAGGCACAGGGAGAAAGUACUGUUUGCUGUCAAGAAGUAUUGGACAGCACCACCACCUCAAACGUAAUAGAGCAGAGAAAUAUAUGCAAAUUAAAGUAAAUCUGGAUUUUAUUUUUUUUUGGAAAUUCAUGCAUUUUUUCCAUCAUAUUAAAAGUAAUAGGUUGAUAUCGUUUUGACAUGUCAUAUU